ACCUCGGGGCUCUGCGUCCAACCCUUCUCUUCCGAGAAGUCCUUUUUAUCGUAAAGAGCUUUCUGAGACGCUUUCUUUUAAAAGGCCCCCGGUUGCUUCUGUGACACUUUGGCCGCACGUACCGACUUUGAGUUCAGAAUUUUGUCAAUGAAGGAACCCUGGACCCGCAGGCGGCCCCGCUGCGUCCCCAACGCGUAGGCGAAGGCUCGGAGGGCUUCGGGGGUUUCCUCUCCUUUGCUCACUUGUCGCCCGCUUUGGGGCUGUUUUCAGAAGUUUUGAACUUCCGGGGUUGGCUCGCCUGGUUUGUCGUUCCUUGGCAGAGUCGGUGGCAUGCAGUUUGUGUUGGGCGCGGUCCUUUAAACUUUUUGUCUUUUCAACUUCGGAGGUGUGGCCGCGGCCUCUCCUCUCCUGGCAGCUGGUUGCUCCUGGCCCACCCGGUCCUGUCCUUUUCCUUCGCCUCCGCUUUCCAGAUGCUUUGGAGUCAUGAGCCGGGAGGGCUCAGGGACCCGUUUGGUAGCAGAGGUGAUCAAAGAUCGCCUUUGUUUUGCCAUUCUCUACAGCAGACCAAAGAGUGCAUCAAAUCUACAUUAUUUCUGCAUAGAUAAUGAACUUGAAUAUGAGAACUUCUAUGCAGAUUUUGGACCACUCAAUCUGGCAAUGGUUUACAGAUAUUGUUGCAAGAUAAAUAAGAAAUUAAAGUCCAUUACAAUGAUUAGGAAGAAAAUUAUACAUUUUACUGGCUCUGAUCAGCGAAAACAAGCAAAUGCUGCUUUCCUUGUGGGGUGUUAUAUGGUUAUAUAUUUGGGGAGAACUCCAGAAGAAGCAUACAGAGUAUUAAUGUUUGGAGAUACAUCCUAUAUUCCUUUCAGAGAUGCUGCCUAUGGAAGUUGCAAUUUCUACAUUACACUUCUUGACUGUUUUCAUGCAGUGAAGAAGGCAAUGCAGUAUGGCUUCCUUAAUUUCAACUCAUUUAACCUUGAUGAAUAUGAAUACUAUGAAAAAGCAGAAAAUGGAGAUUUAAAUUGGAUAAUACCAGACCGAUUCAUUGCCUUCUGUGGACCUCAUACAAGAACCAGACUUGAAAGUGGUUACCACCAACAUUCUCCCGAAGCUUAUAUUCCAUAUUUUAAGAAUCACAGUGUUACUACCAUUAUUCGCCUGAAUAAAAGGAUGUAUGAUGCCAAACGCUUUACAGAUGCUGGUUUCGAUCACCAUGAUCUUUUUUUUGCGGAUGGCAGCACCCCUACUGAUGCUAUUGUCAAAGAAUUUCUGGAUAUUUGUGAAAAUGCUGAGGGGGCCAUUGCGGUGCAUUGUAAAGCUGGCCUUGGGCGAACUGGCACUCUGAUCGCCUGCUACAUCAUGAAGCAUUACAGGAUGUCAGCAGCUGAGACCAUUGCUUGGAUCAGAAUCUGUCGACCUGGCUCAGUGAUUGGACCACAGCAACAGUUUUUGGUGAUGAAAGAAGCAAGCCUCUGGCUGGAAGGUGACUAUUUUCGUCAAAAGUUAAGAGGUCAAGAGAAUGGAAAACACAGAGCAGCCAUCUCAAAACUCCUCUUGAGUGUUGAUGACAUUUCAAUAAAUGGGGUCAAGAAUCAGGACAAGCAAGAACCUGAACCGUACAGUGAUGACGACGAAAUCAACGGAGUGACACAAGGUGACAGACUUCGGGCCCUGAAAAGCAGAAGACAAUCAAAAGCAAACACUAUUCCCCUCACAGUAAUUCUUCAGUCCAGUGUUCAGAGCUGUAAAACAUCUGAACCUAACAUUUCUGGCAGUGCAGGCAUUACUAAAAGAACCACCAGAUCUGCUUCAAGAAAAAGCAGUUUUAAAAGAGGUAAUUCUCAAAUCUGGAAGCAUGGGAAAGUUGAGAAUGUUGUACUACAAGUUCUUAAAUUAACAAUUUCCAAAGCUCUCUGUCAGGAUUUGGAGGAAAUCUUGCUAUCUUUAUAGCAGAUACAGCAGAAUUGUUGGAGAAUUUGCUGCAAAUAAGUAUGACAGUGGAAAUAUGAUAACCCCAGUGAAUUUUGGGAUUCUUCUUUACUUAAUGACUGUUUGUCCUAUUGGCCACAGUCCACACACAAGAGUGCUAAUUCUUUUAGCCCAGCGUCCUUCACUUCCUUCAAGAAGUUUUCUUUGACAAGAAAACAGACCAUGGUGUACGACGCAGUUAGUCACUAUUGUCUUUAGAUAUUUAUCAUGAACUGAAGGCAGUCAUUUCAUUUCUAAGGUAUUCUAAACACAGAUCCCUUCUGAGGUAAGAGUAGAUCAUCCACUUACUGUUAUCUCAAGAGUGAAAGAUGGGUAACCUUUUUAUAUUUUGUGUGAUCUUUACCUGCUUUUGGCAACUUUUGGAGUCCUGUGUCUUGGUAAAAGGUAUCUCCUAUAGUAGUGACUACAAGAGGCUUGAGGAUAAUUAGAACCAGAACUUUAAAAUGUUGUCUUCUUUCCUUUUAACUUCCCUGCCCACAUAUCUUGGAGGCUUUGGGCCCACAGUAUGUUAUUUUCAGUGUUGAAUGUGUUUCUAGUGCAGUCCCACGAGUAGGCCACACAGUUGGAGUCCUGAGAAGACUCACUGACAAACUUGAUAUUGCUGAGUCUUUUGUGUUUUUUGAUGAAUUGGUUGUUUAGUUCUGUCAUUUCUCCUCUUUUUUUUUGCUAAUUCUUUUACACAAUUAUACUACAUAUUUAUAGUCACUUGAGAAUGUGAUAGUGCCCCAGUACCAUAAGUAUUGGAGAAUUGGGCACUGACUCAUGAUUGUAGGAUUUAAAAUUUUUCAUUAGAAAUGUAUCAAACAGAGGUG